AUGGGGCCCCCAGCAAUAGGGGAUCAUGGGGCCCGUGUCCUUGCCCAAACUCACAAAAGCCUAUGAAAAAGGUGCCAGGGGCAUCUCAUGGGGCCCCCUACUGACCCCGGGCCCUCGGGCAGUGCCCGAGUUUCCAAAUGGUCAGUCCGCCCCUGGUAAUACCUAAUCCUGACCAGAGUGUUCUUUUUCAACAGUUGCUCAUUGCUCGUUUUUUGUAAAUGUUUUCCAAGGUGGAAAGCUGAAUACCAAUAAUUCGUUGGGUGUUUUUCACCUCCCUCUGAAGGCUUUUGCGGUAUGAAUAUACCAU